AUGGCUGAGUACCUAGCAUCAAUUUUCGGAACUGAGAAGGACAAAUCGGCGCAUGUCGACAUGGAGAACAAUGCUCGAGGCUGCACAAUAAGCCUACAUUCAGCCAGACGAUAUUGCUUCAAAACCUAUAUAUCGCUCCGCAUAACAAUGCCAAUCAGGCAAAAUGUUGCAAACAUGACUGAAGUUCAAGCUCAGGAAAUCUUCGAUGAAUUCUUUGAGGAGGUUUUUGUUGAAUGCGAAUCAAAGUACGGUGAGAUUGAAGAAAUGAAUGUUUGUGAUAAUCUGGGCGAUCAUCUGGUCGGCAAUGUAUAUAUUAAGUUUCGUAGAGAAGAAGACGCUGAAAAGGCGGUUAAAAUGUUAAACCAACGUUGGUUUGGUGGAAGACCUGUUCACGCGGAACUUUCUCCCGUCACUGAUUUUCGCGAGGCUUGUUGCCGACAAUACGAGCUGGGGGAAUGCACGCGUGGUGGUUUCUGCAACUUUAUGCAUUUGAAGCCCAUAUCCCGUGAACUAUGUCGCAAACUCUACAAUCGCAGUAAACGUCGUUACGGUGGAAGUUCUAGACGCAGAAGGUCUCGGUCCCGUUCUGGAGGUCACCGCAGAUCCAGGUCGCCAAAAGCUCGUGGUUCUCGACGUUGA